GAUUCUCUCUGUCUAGGGCUCCUCCGUCUUAUUCUUCUUACCUUCACAAACCACAAACCCUCUCUUCUCUUCUCUCUCUAUUGAUUCUCUACGAAGAGGAAAGUGAUUUUGAACCACCUUGAUCGGAGUCGGCGUUCCAUAACUAGAGGUCGGAGAAAAAAAUAAACUCUUAUCUCAUCGCUCCGGUGUAUCGAAUUCGAGGGGGUUUUUGUUUGGUUUAGUAGUGAUUGAUUGAUUUUGAUGGAAGAUAGUGUGGUGGAUGAUGUUAUAAAGAGGUUACUGGGAGCUAAAAACGGGAAGACGACGAAGCAGGUUCAGUUGACGGAGGCUGAGAUUAAACAUCUUUGUUCUACCGCUAAGCAGAUCUUUCUCUCUCAACCUAAUCUUCUUGAACUCGAAGCUCCUAUUAAGAUUUGUGGAGAUACUCAUGGUCAGUUCUCAGAUCUUUUGAGAUUGUUCGAGUACGGUGGCUACCCACCAGCUGCAAACUAUUUGUUUCUUGGGGAUUAUGUAGAUCGUGGAAAGCAGAGUGUAGAGACCAUAUGCCUUCUUCUUGCUUACAAGAUCAAAUACAAAGAGAAUUUCUUUCUUCUACGAGGGAAUCAUGAGUGUGCUUCUAUAAACCGUAUAUACGGAUUCUAUGACGAGUGCAAGAAGAGAUAUAGCGUUCGAGUUUGGAAGACAUUUACUGACUGCUUUAAUUGUCUCCCUGUUGCUGCUCUUAUCGAUGAAAAGAUCCUCUGUAUGCAUGGUGGGCUAUCGCCUGAGUUGAAGCACUUGGAUGAGAUCAGGAACAUCGCUCGUCCUGCUGACAUUCCUGAUCAUGGACUACUGUGUGAUCUCUUGUGGUCUGAUCCUGACAAGGACAUUGAAGGAUGGGGAGAGAAUGACAGGGGCGUCUCUUACACUUUUGGGCCUGAUAAAGUCGAGGAGUUUCUCCAAACACAUGACCUUGACUUAAUUUGCAGAGCUCAUCAGGUUGUGGAAGACGGGUAUGAAUUCUUUGCAAAUAGACAGCUAGUAACAAUAUUCUCGGCCCCAAACUACUGUGGAGAGUUUGAUAACGCAGGAGCAAUGAUGAGUGUGGAUGAUUCAUUGACGUGCUCAUUUCAGAUCCUUAAAGCAUCUGAGAAGAAAGGAAAUUUUGGAUUUGGCAAAAAUGCAGGAAGGCGAGGAACCCCACCUCGCAAGGCUGAAGACAAAUCCAAGAAACUCUGCUUUGUGUGUUCCAUGUUUCUUGGUUCAAGACACUUGCUUAAUCAGCUGAACUUAUCAAACUGUCUUCUUCUUCUUCUGCUCUGGAUCACUCUAGCAAGGGCGCGAGCGGUGGCCCAAAAAAUCUCGGCAAUUAACGGCAUUUGGGUGGAGCAAUCACUCCCAACUGAUCAUUCGUUAAAGGAUCUCAUGGAGAAAUCUUUCAAGGCUACUUUCGCUCAAGUUGAUUUCCGAUUCAAGGCUGAAGAAGUGCGUUGUGAGCUGAAUAAAUGGGCUUCAGAUCAGACCAAUGGUCUCAUCAAAGACCUUCUUCCUCCUGGAUCCGUUAAUAGGGAAACCAUUCAGGUUUAUGGAAACGCAUUGUAUUUUAAAGGAGCUUGGGCUAUACCAUUUCAUAAGUCGUGUACAACAAACAAAGAGUUUCACCUUCUCGAUGGCUCCCAUACCGACAAAGCGAUGAUGAUAUCAACCGUGAAUAUAUACUCUAUGUAUUUCUAUCUGCCCGACAAGAAAGAUGGAUUGGAUAUGCUCGUGAGGAAAAUGACAUCUACUCCUGGAUUCGUGGAUAAUCACAUUCCAAGUCGCAAAGUUGAAGUUAGUGAUUUCAGAAUUCCAAAGUUUAAGAUAUCUUUCAUGUUUGAUGCUUCCAAGGGAGAGGUUUCAAUGUACCAUAAAGCUUGUGUCGAGAUUGAUGAAGAAGGUGCAACAGCUGCUGCUGCCACUGCUUUUAUUAGGCUGAUGGGCUAUUGUCCUGGUCCUAAAAUCAAUUUUGUGGCUGAUCAUCCAUUUCUCUUCUUGAUUAGAGAAGACAGAACCGGAACUAUUUUGUUUGCUGGUCAAAUCUUUGAUCCUUCGAAGAAAUCUUCCUAAACGGGCUCAGAUCAGGUUUAACCGGGUUCUGAUCUUAAUUGAUCUGGGAAAGAAGUCAAAUUUAUGCCCUGUAGUUUUGAGUUUAGUUCUUGUUCUAAUUUGAGCAUUUUUUUUUUUGGUCAAACGUUCUAAUAUAAGCAAUUAUAAUUA